UAGAUAUGUGGAGUAUGUGGCACAACAGAGUCAGAGUGGAGAAGUCUGCUCAGCCGUCUGGACACACCGGCGAUACUCCAACAACUAUCCCACCUGGACAUUACCUGCCUCUUUUUUUUCCUGUUAUUAUUCAUUUAUACGUUAAGAAACACACACACGAUGCCAAACUGGGGAGGAGGCAACAAGUGCUCAGCGUGCCACGGAACAGUGUACCACGCCGAGGAAGUGCAGUGUGACGGGAAGAGCUUCCACAAAUGCUGCUUUCUCUGCAUGGUCUGCAGGAAGGGUUUAGACAGCACCACGCUGGCUAUUCACGACCAGGAGAUCUACUGCAAGUCAUGCUACGGCAAGAAAUACGGCCCGAAGGGCUACGGCUACGGACAGGGGGCUGGAACGCUCAACAUGGACCGAGGGGAGCGGCUGGGGAUCAAACACGAAGAGACUCACACUCACAGACCCACCACCAACCCCAACCCGUCCAAAUACGCCCAGAAGUUUGGAGGUUCAGACAAAUGCGCUCGGUGUGGAGACUCCGUCUACGCGGCGGAGAAGAUCAUGGGGGCAGGCAAGCCGUGGCACAAGAACUGUUUCCGCUGCGCAAAAUGCGGCAAGAGCCUGGAGUCGACCACCCAGACUGAGAAAGAGGGAGAAAUCUACUGCAAAGCUUGUUACGCCAAGAACUUCGGGCCGAAGGGGUUUGGUUACGGCCAAGGAGCCGGUGCCCUGGUCCACGCUCAGUGACGGCCUUCCUCUUCCCAACAUGAACAUUUUUUCCCCCCCGUCGCUUGUGUUUUCUCCUGUACGCUGAAAAAAAAGGCGCUCUCCAUACGAAUAAAAACAUGAACCAAGCCAACGUUCA